CAUGCAGAGCUACAAGUACGACAAGGCGAUCGCGCCGGAGAGCAAGAAUGGGGGCAGCCCGGCGCUCAACAACAACCCGGCCAAGGGCAGCAGCAGGAAAGCGCUGCUCGUCUGCCUCGACUGCCUCUGCCUCGUCAUGGCUGGGCUGCCCUUCCUGAUCAUCGAAACAAGCACAAUCCAACCCUAUCAGCGGGGCUUCUACUGCGACGAUGACAGUAUCAAAUACCCUCAGAAAAAGAUCGAGACGAUCAACGAUGCGGUGCUGUGUGCUGCGGGCAUCCUCAUCACCAUCCUCGCCAUUAUAACGGGCGAGCUCUACCGGAUCCACUACCUGAAGGAGAAGUCGCGCUCCUUCAUCCAGAACCCCUACGUGGCGGCGCUCUACAAGCAAGUGGGCUGCUUCGUUUUUGGCUGCGCCAUCAGCCAGUCCUUCACAGACAUUGCCAAGGUGUCCGUGGGGCGCCUGCGGCCCCAUUUCCUGGACGUUUGCAAUCUCGAUUUCUCGACAAUCAACUGCGCCAAGGGGGUUUACAUUCAGAACUACACUUGCCGGGGCAACGACAGCUCAGUGCAGGAGGCCAGGAAGUCCUUCUUCUCGGGCCACGCGUCCUUCUCCCUCUACACCAUGCUCUACUUGGUGUUUUACCUGCAGGCCAGGUUCACGUGGAAGGGAGCCCGGCUGCUUCGCCCGCUCCUGCAGUUCACGCUGCUCAUGAUGGCGUUUUACACGGGGCUGUCGCGCGUCUCCGACCACAAGCACCACCCCACCGACGUGCUGGCCGGCUUCGCCCAGGGAGCCCUGGUGGCCUACUGCGUGGUGUUUUACGUCUCAGAUCUCUUCAAACCCAAGACAAAGACUUGCCUGCCUCCGCCCCCCAUCCGGAAGGAGAUCCUUUCUCCUGUGGACAUCAUCGAACGGAAUAACCAUCACAACAUGGUGUAGACCUCUGGGGGAAAAAAAAAAAAAAGAAAUCCAACUUGUUUUUUAUUUUAUUUUUGAAUUUUUAAUUUUUUUUUGCAAAAAUGACUGCUGACAGCAACUACCUGCUGCUCUCAAAUCUCAUCAGACAGUAGAAUGUAGGGAGAGACUUUUUUUGCCCGACCGGUAAAGUCUUACUCUGUGGUCUUCUCAACUUGUGACGUUUGGAUGAAAAAGGGGGGGUGGGUUGUUCAACUAAGUCAAAAGCACCAGCGAGAAGCAAAAAAUGAAGCAAAACAGAAGAGCAAACACAAAAAAAGCACCGAACAAGCUGAGAGAGGUGCCGGAGUUCUGGAUGUGCAAUUGGUUUGAGUGUUCAUGUUGUAGUGAACGCCAAAUUGUUCAUAGCGUAAUGAACACUAAAACGGUUUUGUAAAGCUGGCCAUCUUAGGUUUUUUUUUUUUUUUU